AUGGGUAUUCGUUGGAGUAUCUACAUUAUCGGAGAGAGAUCUCAUUCUUCCACUCCCGCCACUCCCCCAAUGCCAAUGCCAACCGGAAAGUUUGUUCUUUUCAAAGUACUGCUUAUCUACCUGAUGCUGGAACGUUUUUUUUAUGCAACAACAUAUCAUUUAGUCGUUGGGAGUGCAAUGGAUCACCUGGGACAAUCAUCGAGCAACCUCUACACUCUCCAUGCUCAUACGCGCUGCAUGUCGUCUGCGCAUGACAAUAGCAACAGCGACAGCGACGUUGACGUCGUUGUCACCCGCGUCACCUUCAAUAGUGUCGCAGUGGUGCCGUCCCUCUCAGCAUACUAUCUCUUUUGUGCGCACCUUCCAAUUCAUCUAUUUUGCUGUUUUAAAUGA